AUGGAGCUAGAAGCUAACAUUGAAAUAACUUCCGAUUUAUUAAAAGACAAGACAAGAAUUGACAAUUCAUCUUUAAUUUUAACAGAAACUAUUGAUUCCUAUUCAACAAGUUUAUAUGAAUCAUCAUCAACAUUGGUUAAUAAUAAUGGUAUUAAAAAUAUUCAAAUAGAAAAUUUCGAUAAUCAACCUGCAGUUAAUGAACUGACCAAUUGUUUAAAUAACAUAUUCCAAGACGAAACAGUAUCUCUUCAAACUGUUGAACUUGUGCAGUUUAAUCGUAAUCAACACGAAAGACUUCAUCGUGAAACGAAGGACUACCAUUGUUUAGAUUGUGAUAAAGAUUUUAAAACUGCAUCUCAAUAUAUUAACCAUAAAAAAACUCACGCAUUUCGAUAUGAAUGCCGUGAAUGCGAUAAAGUUUAUGUUUAUGGACAAUCGCUAAAACAUCAUUAUAAAACUAUCCAUCCUGAAUCUUAUGAAAAUAUGAUGAAUACAUGUUCCCUUAAACGAGGUUACGAAUGCGAAAUUUGUUCUAAAGUUUAUGAAAGUCGUUUAAGUUUUUUGGCUCAUAAAAGGUUUGACCAUAACUGGGCAAAAAUAUUUAAAUGCCGUGAGUCCAGUUGUAAUAAAAAAUUUUUUAACAAAGAACAAUGUGAUUUACAUUAUAAGAAAAAACAUAUUAAAGAGAAAUCAUUGAAAUGCCAAUACUGUAAUAAAUCCUUUUUUAUGAAAUGCCACUUAUUGGUUCAUGUUAAAAAACAUACAAAUGAAAAAAAUUUUAAAUGUGAAUAUUGUGGAAGAGGAUUUAUUCAAAAGAUUCAUCUAAAAACUCAUUUGGCAAAACAUACAGGCUUAAGGGAGUUCAUCUGUACUCAGCAAAAUUGUAAUAAAUCAUUUACGUCAUCAACAUAUUUAAAAAAGCACAAAUUUAUGGCCCAUUCAGAGGGUUUAAUGAAAUUUAAGUGCAAUAUUUGCGGGGAAGGAUUUCCAAUGUUAUUUGUUUUAAACAAGCAUAAGAAAAAACACGAAAAAUAA